AAAACGCUGUUUUAUUCAUUGAAGCACAAAGGUAACUGGAACGCCAAUGCAUUUCGUUUGACACUUUGAAAAUUAUUAAAUAUUUCGAAACUGGUGCAAUCAAGAAAAUUCGUUCUAAUACGCCUUGCGAACUCACCGGAUAUAAUUCGUAGAUUGAAAUAGAGGCCGUAAGUUUAUAAUUAAGUUAAUUCAGGUAAUCCUAGUAAUUUAGAAUUAAGUAUUUUGAUUUCUCGUAGAAGUAAGGGCCGCCUGAUCGAGUACUUCAGGUCCAGGAUUAAAACUGUGCUAUCUGCCACAGGCAAUGUUUUUUUUUUAAUUUUGUGCAGCUAAAAAAAAAACCUGUACAUGGUUAUCGGUGCUGUCAUCGGUGAACAGACGACGCGCGCUAUUCUGGCGCCAUCUCGGAGCCAUCGUCGCCGCAGUACCGGUCUUGCGCGGCAUUACGCUUUUCUUCUCAUGCUUUCGCCAUACGCCCCUCAUCCGCAAUUUAAAAAAAAAAAUGGUGCAGCCGAAAAAGGCGCCCCGUAUAUGUAAACAAAGCACUGCAUGAACGGAUGUUUCUGCGGCGGCUGCUGUGAAUCGCGCCCACGCGUCGCCCGCGAGUCACCCACGGGCUGCCUCUCGCGAUCUCUCGAUUAGCGAGGCAGUCGCACCAUACUUCGCUCUGUUUGCAACGUGCCGCACAAAACAGUUUGUCCGCGCCAGCCAAUAUAUCGCGAAAUGAAAACUCCUAUAAAGUUGAGCUCAAAUAUCGCAUUAGGUAGUACCGUAAUCGUUGGUGAAUUCUCCCCCUCCCUUUCUAUCUAGGAUUUGAGCAUAGGGGAUCUAUGAAAUGUAUCGGGCAAGUGAAAGCACCCAGAAACCCACCAUAGAACUCGUUUUGUGGGCAAUAAAGACAUUCAUUCAUUCAUUCAUUAGUUCACUCAUUCAUCAUUCAAUUGCCGUUAUCGUGGCGGGUACGUGAGUAUUAUACUGCACAGAAUGAUGGCAGGUAAGCGCUCCGGCGCGAUUAUCUGCCGCAAGCAAUGAUAACUUUUCGCACUACGAUGAACGGAACUACCUCUUUACAAUGACCCUUACUACUAACCGCUACGCCAAAGGGUGUGGAAGGCACUCUCAUUUCGGCAGCGCUGGAGCCUAAAAAAAAAAAGAAGAAGAAGAAGGUGGUGCGUGGAUAAAACGUUAGUCAGCGCCACGAAAACUAUAAUGGUGAAGUUCCAACUUUUGUCGAUGCGAGCCGGGAGCAGACGUACAGCGGCUAUGAUGGUCUCCCCACAUCUCGUCUCGCGCGAGAUCUUGCCGACAGGCGUGCAGCCUGCGAACAACCUGCACAGCCGAACAGCCAGGACACCGUUGGCGCUCCGUCGACUCCGUUGUCGUAGCUCCGUGGCACGGUGCUUCAUCGCCGAGGCAGCGCGUGCGAAUUUUCCCCAUCGCGAGCGUUCUCUCCCUUCGCGUGCGUUGGUUGCACUCGCGUGAAUCGUCCUUGCGUCGUCUGCUCGGCGGUGGUCGACGAAGGCGAGCAACCUGCACGCCCCUCCCAUGCGGAGCACCGAAAGGAGGAAGAGGAGGAGGACGCUCCUGUCGCGCCUUCAUCUUUCCACGCCCACCACGGCGGGCGGCCUCCCUGAGGUGGAGCCACCGGCGCAGGCGCACGAGCGGCCGCUCUCUCCUCGCACUCCGGCGUGCCAGGCCACUACGUCACCGCUCCCAUGAGCAGCGGCGCGCAACAACUAUGGCGGAUUCCAUCGGCGGCCCCGUCGCCGCUCGCCGAGCACUCUGACGAGGUGAGUUGCUUUCGGCACAAGGGCCCGUCACGCGACGCCGCCAUGUCGGUGCUGUGCCUACGGGGCGCCGUGGCCCGGCCAAGUCGCGUUCGGCCCGUGGCCCCUCCGCUGGGAGUCGCGAGUUCGCGGUGCUCUGCCGCUCUAGGCGUGCGUCGCUCUGCUCCGGACGAUUGUGUGUGCGCGCGUGGUGUGUUUCGAUGAGACGCUCGGGACGCUCUUCGCACAAAGGGCAGUUUCGGCAGCCAGUGUCAGUAUCCUCGAGAUGCGCAAGGAAAAGAGCCGGGACGCAGCCAGGUCACGGCGGGGCAAGGAGAACUACGAGUUUUACGAGCUGGCCAAGAUGCUGCCGCUACCGGCGGCCAUCACCAGCCAGCUCGACAAGGCCUCCAUCAUCCGCCUCACCAUUUCCUACCUGAAGCUCAGAGACUUUUCCCAGCACGGACACCGGCCCUGGCUCAGGGACAUGCAGCCCUCAAAGGCACUCAAAGGAGCUUCACUACGGGGACGAUCCAUAAACAACUUCGCAGUGGACAUUUUCGAGCAGCACCAAGGCACACACAUUCUACAGUCACUAGAUGGUUUUACCUUUGCGCUGGGAGCAGAUGGCCGCUUUUUGUACAUUUCGGAAACUGUGUCCAUCUACCUUGGGCUGUCUCAGGUGGAGAUGACGGGCAGCAGCGUGUUCGACUACGUGCACCACCAGGACCACGCCGAGUUGGCCGAGCAGCUGGGCAUCAACCUGUCGCAGUCGGUGUCCUCGCCGUCGGGCGGCUCGGGUGGCUCGGACGACGGCUCGUCGACGCCAAACUCGCUGGACAGGCCAGCCCCCGUGAUGACUCUCGGUAGCAGCGCAGCCUACAAGGGUCUAGAAAGGUCCUUCUGCGUACGCAUGAAGUCUACUCUUACGAAGCGAGGCUGCCACUUCAAGUCUUCCGGAUACCGGGUGGUUUUGGUCCUGUGCCACCUGCGGCCCCAGUACUCGUUCUCGCCCGGCCGCUCCAAGCAGCCGCCGCAGAUCCUGGGCAUGGUGGCGAUGGCGAUCGCGCUGCCGCCGCCCUCGGUCAACGAGGUGCGCCUCGAGUGCGACAUGUUCGUCACGCGGUUGGGCUUCGACUUCCGCGUCGCCCACUGCGAGCCCCGCGUCGCCGACCUGCUCGACUACAGCCCCGAGGACCUGGCCGGCCGGAACCUGUACACCCUUGUGCACGGCCAGGACGUGCAGAAACUGAGAAAGUGUCACGUGGACCUGAUGAACAAGGGCCAAGUGAUGAGCGGCUACUACCGGAUUAUGAACAAGAACGGCGGCUUCACCUGGAUGCAGACCUGUGCCACGGUCAUCUGCAACAACAAGAACUCCGAGGAGCAGAGCAUCAUCUGCGUGAACUACGUCCUCAGUGGCGUGGAGUACGAGCACUGCGUCAUGGACUGCAGCCAGAUGCGCGGCUUGGGCGACAUCAAGCCCGACGAUCCAAGCAAUUCCGAGAGGGGAUCCACGCCGGACAACGAACCACGAGAGGAACGGUCGCCGGGCCGUGCUGCCGAGCCUUCUCCAAAGAGCCACGAGGCGCCGCCAUCGUCCACCCCCGCACUGGGAGGGAGUCAGGACGUUCCCUCUGCCGCCGAGCAGCAGCAGCACUUGACGCAGCUGGGCGCUGUGGGGAAGCUCGACUCGCUCAGGAAUGCCAAGAUUCGGGGCACAAGGAGGUCCGAUUCGAACUACAUUCAAAUGGCCUGCCACACGUACGUGGAUGCCUACCAGGAGGGAGCCGAACAUCCGUCGGCUAGUCCAGCGCGCUACGAGGCCGCGCCGGCCGGCAACGCCAAGAGUUCGCGCAAGCGGAGCUCGGACGAAGCGGCUGGCGGAAGCCGCGCCAGCCCUAAGUGCUCGCGGCCGGGUAGCCGCGCGUCGAGCCUACAGCCGCCAAGCCCGGCCCGGAGCCUCCCACCGCCGGACGGCUACGGGCGCGCCUCCGAGCCGCCGCUGGUGGUCGUCGACGACCCGGCGUCGUCCUCGUCCACCGGCGCCGUCUCCUCCCAGGGCGGCCCGACGUCGGGCAACGGCGACGACUCCUGCGACGGCCCCGACGGUCUGUCGCGGCCCUGGAAGGCGGGGGGAGGAAGCGGCCAGGUUUCCACCGGCGAAGGGCUCACCGUGCGCGAGCUGGAGGACGCCAUGAAGAAGCACUUGCCCGAGGUGCGCUCCACGCGCUCGGCGGCCAUCCAGUGGAUCGGGGCGCCCCACCAGUCCGGCGCCGCCGGAGCGUCGCCGCACGCCGCCGGCGGACCCUUGCCUGCGUCGACGCUGCUACGGCAGCUGUACGUCAACCGCGAGUCGGUCAUACGGUCCGGGUCGCACGUGUCCGCCGCCUCCUCGCGGCCGACGUACUACGGAGACGUGCCGACGCCCCCCGAGGGACCGUGGACGACGCCCGACGCGUUCGUCCUGCCCCCGUACGCCGGCUACGUCGAGCCGCCGCCCCCGUUCUCGGCCGUCACGCCGCCGUCGUCGGUGUCGCCUCGCGACAACAAGCUGGGACUCGCCGAGAGCCCGGCGUUCUCCGAGGCGGCGGCCGUGGCCGCGGCGGCGGCGAUGCCGCACAUGCGCCACUACGUGUCCGCGGCCGAGUUGCCCCUCAAGCCGCAGGUGCUGGUCCACCCCGGAAGCCUGGACUACGCGACGCCGCAGGAGCAGCAGCUCUACGCGGGCGGAUUCCACUUGUACGGCAAGCCCAACGGUGCCUGGUACUCGCAGCAGCCGAACACGUAGCGCGGCCUCUCGGCAAUCCUGUGAAUCGCCCACUUGUUCUCUGGCUGCUUCCGUGUGCGUGCGCGUGUGUAAAUGUGUGACUUUUGACGAGUCUGUUGCGGCGCCCUCUGCGAACACUUUGGACACAACACAAGACCAACGGGCGUACGCCGAUUCGCGUCGGCGGAGGGCUGCCCUGGAUUUACCUUGCGCGAGUACGUCCCGGUGGCUCGGUAUAAUAAUUACGAAAAGAGUUGUCUGCUGCAACUUCUUGCGUGAGCGCGAUGGUCCGCGUUCGCGAAAUGAAAACGAAACAAACAAAAAAAUUGUGGAGAUAUCCCAGUGACACGGCUUUCCUUGCUUCUGUUUGUUCUUUUUCUUUCUUUUCAUGGUGAGCCCCGUGUUGUAGUAUUUGUUGUUGCCGUUGGUCUCAGCUCCCCUGUAUACCCAGCUUUUUCGAACACUACUUUGUCAACUCCUGACAGAGUGGUGUCUCUUCCAACUUCCUUCAAAUGCCUUCGGUGUACAUAUAAAUGUCCUCCUCGUACGGAAACCCGAAAGCUCAGUCGGCGUUGAUGCCACAAUUACAUUCCACGUUUGCGAGGACUUUUUGCUUUUCCUUUUCGUUUUGGUACGUUUUUGUUUCUCUCGUCAACAGAUCCUGCGAGUGUGCCUGUUUGCGUGACUGUACAUCGAGCUUGUGUACGUCGCCUUUUUUUUUUUUGAUUUUCUCAUUUCUUUUUGCUCAGUGUCUUAAAUGGGCCCUGCAACACCUCCUUCCUGCGCUUGCUAUUUCAUUUCGUCGACACAGUUGCGUCAGGAUUCACACCGGUUCGUCAUCGAAUAUGAAGGCCGCCAUUGGGUGUUUAUCUUGAACGAGAGUAGAGAACGCGCUCACGAGUGCAUUGCUUAAAAAAAAAAAAAAGAAUGUUUACGCUAUUUUCCUUGGAGUAGAAACCUAUUCACAACAUUUUUCGUUUUUCAAUCAAUCGAACCAUUCUCAACAAUUACCCGGGGCCUUUCCAUCAGACCGGAGGUAAUUUGAGUGACAACCUGUCUAGUGCGCGCUAACAUCUGACAUCUGUUAUAUUAAAUUUCAUUAGAGAUGUUUGUCAGGAAGUUCGCGAGAGAAUCGGCCAUGCGAUACUUCUGUGUUAGGAGAAUGACCCAGCAAGAUACUCGACAUUAAAGGAAGUGUCAUGACUGAUAACUGGUGCGCGAAGCCAUAGAAAGGAAAGGAACAGAGACCUCAACAUGACGCCACUCUGACAUAAUGAAUUUCACUUGCUUUCCUUUUUGUAUCUAAUUGCUUCCUUUGUGUAGAAAGGAAUGGAGAAAGAACAUUAGCAGUAAAAUGGAACGCCAAAUUUUUGUUUUAUCAGCUACCCCACUAAAACCGUGGCACCUAUGACCUCACUGUAGCGUCAUGUAUUUCGCCGUGUUUCCUCGUGCCUGGACUCCCGUGUGGUGCAUGAAAAAAACUCCGCAAAUGUUGCCGGAUAGUGUAUUUGCUCACGUUCAAGCUUACUGAAAUUGCUGACUAGUUAAGCAGCCGCGAACGUAUGCUGCCAAAAUCAGUGAUAUCACGGGGAACAACCGGUGCUGCAAUAGAGGAGUGGCGUCGCCACCAGUCUUUCGCUCGUGCGUUCUUUUUUUGGCCACUAGGGCCCGGAUAACCUUAGCAGUGAGGCAAUCGUAUUUCCAGAAGUGUAGCAUAUCAAUUAUGUUGUUAAACCUGAAGUGCCCGUUUUCGGACUAGGUGUAAGCUUCUACUCACUGGAACAGGGGAGAGGAAAAGUGGCACGCUCUACAAGAAGCGACUGCUCUGGCGGACGGUGUUUGCAGGACCCAUUUAAGGCAUGCGUGAGUGCGUGUGGGUUAUUGUGUUGUGUACCGGUGCAUCCUCCGCAUGGCUAAUGCCCUCGCCCGUGCUACGGCCUCUCUGCCCUCCUUUCCACUUUCGCCCCCUCUCCACCACGAGGCUGUGUGCGGAGCAGGCGUGCGUGGGCGACAGCCAUGUUGGCGAAUUGUGAUACAAAAUUUAUAUAGAUAUAAGAUAUCUAUAUAUUAUAUAUACACUUAAUAUAGCAUAGAAAAACCGUUAUAGGAGACGAGGCAGCAUACGCGGUGCAGUGAACGCCGUGUUUUCUUUUUUUUUCUCGUUCUUCUCCUCAUUCUUGUGCUCCAUUUAACUCUCACUCUUUUUACACCCACGACUUCUGUUGCAGUCUUGAGCUCAGAGCAGAGUUCGACUUGAUAGCGGGCUCUAAUUCUAUGUAAUUUCUUUGGAAGUGUUUGAAUACUGAAAUCUUCGAAUGGGAAUAUUGUAAGAGCGCGUACCUAGAUUUUCGAAUUAAGCAACGAAUAUUGUCCCGCUUUUACGAGUAGAAAAAAAAUUUGGCGACUCAAGGUGGCUCAAAAUUGAUUUAUUUCCCCCAUUACGCUCUAUUCGUUUCUGAAGUUCAUUCUUCUAGGAAGGUGUAAAUGUGCAAAGUAAGUGUGAGGGGGCAGUCACCACAGCUUCUGGUUGUCUUACACUGGUACAUCAAGCGGCCGCUGACUUACAAGCAUAGUUUAUUUUCUUAACAGGGAAUGCAGAUUAAAUGUAGCGACCCCGUUCAUUCAGCAAAAGAUCGCACAUUCGCAAUCAAAUGCUUUCAGGUUUGUUUUCGCAUACUUAAGGAUAUCCAAAAGGAGAUACUUGAAGAAAAAGUAAAUAUCGAAGUUUGCAUAGUUAAAAAUCAAUACUGUCAUGUUCGAUAUGGCAUAUUCUGAAAUAUCCAUAUCUGAAUGUCGAAUAUUCAAAAACCACUAAUUUCAUAUUCGACAUCGCAUAUUCAAUUAUUCAAUAUUAUUUUUAUUUGGUGAUCCAAUGAUCGAAUGUUCGUAGAAAUCGCUUAUCAAGUUCUGGAAAGAAUACUUCGAUUCGAAACGGAAGUACGUGAUUAGUAUUAGAAAAUUUUGAAUAUACCUACAACCCUGUAUUUUGCAAGGUAUGAAAAUCGGCUCGCCAUCGUCGCUUUCAGCUCUGAGCUGGGCAGUCACGAUGUGAAGGCUCAUAGAUGCGAUUCCCAAGGUCUACAGUUUAUGUCGACACUGUAUGCGUUCAUUCUUUCUCCGUUUAGUUUUUUUUUUAUUCGUUUGUCUACUCGAAACCAAACUCUAAAUACCGGCUGACUCGGCUGCGCUCGCACUACGGUCGUGACUGACAGGACUUCCUUAACCUGCGACGUCAGAGCGCGCUAACGCCAUGACAUCGGCUGACGUCUCACGCAUUUGCAAAGAGGUAAUGACGUGGCUCGCUUUGUCGUUCAUGCUGUGGAGUCGAAUUGACAAAAAACAGCUUUUGGCACACGCCUCGUUGGUUAGUGGUUGCGGCGUUCUGCAGCUGGGCACGAGGUCGCAGGUUCGAUUCCCGACCACAGCGGCCGUGUUCUGACGUAGAACGCUCAUGCACGGGGACCUCCGUGGCCGAAAUUAUUUCAGAGCAUUCCACCAAAUCUUCUCUCGUAGCACUCGUAUUGCUCUGGUUGAAACGAGCAGAAAUAAAAUCACUCAUGAGGCUUAUCUCAGGCUCAUAUGUGCGUAAAAUUACUUUAUAAACUUUACACAGUUAGUCAUUCUAAACGUGGGGCAUCAAACGCAAGAGAGAUAAUGAUUGUACGAAUUGGGCGACACGCUUUUCGAAACAUCGCUGCAAGUCUAUUCGCAUUCUUGUCCUGUAACAGCACAACAUAGGUCGCGGGAGGAACCACAAGGACGGAGUUCUGACUCAAUUCGUGGUUCCUUUGUCACGCUGUUCAAAUCUGCUUAUUACCAGAGUGCACCGAACAGCUCAACUGAGCACGUAUGGGUUUAAUUUUAGGUAAACGUAAGACGUGUACCUCGCCACUCACGACCGUAGUCUCACCUAUGCAUACGGCGGCAGCCGCUUCACGUUGAGUCAAACGCAUCGCUGCUCUCAGCUUGGACAUGACACGGGAACGUCUCGCUUUUCAUCGAGCUAUGCAGCAGCACGUUCUCGGCGUGUCUCGAAUCUUUGCAGUCUGUCACUCCUGCCAUGAUCGCAGGAACAUCGCACGUCGGUUGAGUGUCCAUAGGACACGCCUGUGAACGUGAAAUCAAAAUUCGAAACGCACUUUUAAUAUUGAGCGAAGUUGUAAAACAGACCGAAGCGACAAGCAAAUAAAAACUUCACUGAAACCUACAA